AGCUUUUUUCAAUCCUAGGUAUUCAAGUACAUCAAACGUCAUUGCUAACAUUAGCACACUGUCCAGAUUCAACAUUGGCGCACUGUCCAGAUUCAAUGUAACCGUAGGCCUCUCGCUCCAUUAAAACACCUCUCAUUCUCUCGAUUUUAUAGAUAGAUAGAUAGAUAGAUCGAGAGAGAGAGAGAGAGAUGGGCUGUGAGGUUGAUUGGGCGUUCAUCCAGGCCGUAGAACACAGGCCCAAGCUCACAAUCAUCGAGGCGGGCGGAAUUCCGCUGAUUGAUCUCUCGCCGUUGAAUUCUGUCAGUCCCGAUGGUCUGCAGUCCCUUUCAGGCCUCAUCGCAGAGGUGGGGGCCGCCUGUAGGGACUGGGGCUUCUUCCAAGUGAUCAACCAUGGCGUGCCGUUGGAUCUUCUAGACCAGAUCGGAUCGGCGGCGAAGGAAUUCUUCGCACUGUCGCUGGAGGAGAAGCGGAGAGUACGGCGUGACGAAGUGAAUCCACUGGGCUACUAUGAUACUGAGCAUACCAAGAACGCGAGAGAUUGGAAGGAGGUUUUUGAUUUUGCUGUCCAAGAUCCAACGGUGAUCCCAGCUUCCCAUGAGGCUGAUGAUCAAGAACUGCAGGAAUUGAGGAAUCAGUGGCCCACCUAUCCUCCUGCAUUGCGAGAAGCAUCCAUGGAAUACGCUCGAGCCGUGGAGAAGCUGGCAUUCAAGUUACUUGAGCUCAUUUCACUGAGCUUGGACUUGCCGGCCGAUCGGUUGAACGGUUUCUUUAAAGAACAAACGAGCCUUAUCCGUCUCAAUCACUACCCUCCUUGCCCUGCCCCACACCUUGCCCUGGGUGUCGGUCGCCACAAGGAUGCUGUAGCUUUAACUGUCCUUGCUCAAGAUGAUGUGGGUGGACUUGAUGUGAAGCGAAAAACAGAUGGUGAGUGGGUCAGGGUCAAGCCAAUACCGGAUUCUUACAUCAUCAACGUCGGCGACAUCAUUCAGGUUUGGAGCAAUGACAGGUACGAAAGCGCAGAGCACCGGGUGUCGGUGAACUCGGGGAGAGAGAGAUUCUCCAUUCCUUUCUUCUUCAGCCCUGCACACCAUGUGAUGGUGAAGCCUCUGGAAGAGCUGGUCAGUGAGGAGAUUCCCGCAAAGUAUAAGGAAUAUAACUGGGGAAAGUUCUUCAAGACGAGGAAGCUGAGCAAUUUCAAGAAGCUGGAUGUUGAAAACAUUCAGAUUUCUCAUUUCAAGAUAUCUGAAUGACCAAAAUCUCUGAUGCUAUUACGAUAUACAUACAUACAUUCAUACAUGUGUGUGAGUGUUUGUUUGAUGAGUGAUGAUUGUGAAGUUAUGGCAUUUUAUCAAAGUACGUGUUGUAAUUUGAGUUAUGGCAUUGUAUCAUAGUGCAUGUUGUAAUUUGUUUAGUGCGGAAUGCCAAUAGGACCUUUCCUUUCA